GUGGGAUGUUCAUACAUUAAAUUUAAAAUAUAAUCGAGAAAGGACUUUGUCGUAGUUUCCAUCCCUUUUGUGAUAUUAUGUAUAAAAUUUUGAAAAGUGUAAUUAUUUCAAUACCAAUAGGAAUAACUUGUGCAGAUGUUUGUGGCUACAUCGCACGAGUUGAUGGAGAAUCUAUGAAGCCAACUUUAAAUCCAAAUACCAAUGAUUCAGAGUAUGUCUUCUUAAAUAAGUUUAUGGCUAAGGAUUACAAUGUCAACAGAGGUGAAAUUGUUAGCUUAAUAUCUCCCAAAGACCCGCAACAAAGACUUAUUAAAAGAGUUAUUGGGACACAAGGUGAUACGAUUCUUACACUAGGAUAUAAAGAAAGAUACAUAAAAGUUCCCAUUGGUCACUUUUGGAUUGAAGGAGACUAUUCUAAGAAUUCUCUUGAUUCAAAUACUUUUGGGCCUGUACCAGUAGGACUUCUUACAGCUAAAGCUACUCAUAUAGUUUGGCCUCCAAGUCGUUGGAGAGCUCUAAAAUCAGAGCCAAUAAGGCAUCCUUUAAAAUUAGGAAAUAUAUAAAUUUGAUAUGAACAAUUAUUAUAAGAAUCCAAUAGAAAAAACUAAAAAGUUUAAAUAAGAAACUUUUAAAUAAUCUAUUAAGCAAAACUAAGGAAAGCACGUUUUCAGCAGGGGUGAAUUUUAAAUAUUGUACCAGAUUGAACAAAAAGCUUUAAGCGAAGACACGCUCAUUCUGCUGUAACUUAUGAAAUUAUAGGGUGGUGAGAAAAAAAACUAAAAUUUUAAAUUUCAAACAUCAUAAAUAUUCUUAAUCAUAUCGGAUGUAAGAAAGAAAUUCUUUUAAAUUUUAAGUUCUAAUUAAUUAGAUUUAAUUGCUCGU